GUCCUUUUUUCUCUCUCACAGCACAGCUAAACAAUUUUCAAAUCCAUCAAAUCAAAUCGGAAAAAGGAAAAUAGUAGAUCCAAAAAGUGAUACAGACAAGAAGAAAAGAAAUCCUUUCAGUUUCAGUUUCAUUUCGUCGGCUGUGAAAGAAAAAAUUAAAUUAGAAUUUAUUAAAAUACUCGCCGCAGCGCAGUGGAGAGUCAAAGUGGAAAAAAGUAUAAGAAAUCUUACAAACGCGCUUUGUUUCUUUUCCUGCAAAAAAAAACCAACAAAGAUUUACCCCAAUUUCAACUUAAGAAACAAAACUUACUUUUCGAUUACAACGGAGAAACAAACAAAAUAUAAAACAAGUGUUGUGAAUUUAAAUAAAUAAAUAUCAAUAAAAUAAAUUUUCCCUUCGAUUUCGAUUCUAUACCUUUACCCUACAUACACACACCCCCUCCCUCCCCCCAACGUUUUGCUUGUCAUUUUUCACGUGUGUAUUUGCUACAUAUUUAUAUUUGCCAUUUGGAUUUGCAAAAAGUGAAUUUUAUCUGGUUUAAAAUAUUUAAUUAUUAAAUGUUCUUUUGUAUGGCAUUGAUUUUCAAUAAGUUCCAGUUCUAUAAAAUAUAAAAUUCUUCAUUUUCUUCCACAAUUUUAAUUCCUGCUUUGCAUAGUUAAUGUUUCAAGUUUUUGUUUUAUUUUAUUUUUAAACAAAUAAAUUAAAAAAACAUACAUUUAUAGAAAAAAAAAGAACUAUAAAACCUGUGUACUGGAAAAAGGGAAAAAGUCAAAUCGAACAGAACUAAACCGAAUUGUCGUUUUCUUGUGAAGGCUUGAAGUUUCUGGUUUGGCAAAGGCAAAAAGCGAAAGGCAAACGGCGAUACGAUAAACGAAAACACACGAAGAGGAACAAAUUUGGCAGCCAUCGUCUUCGUCGUCCAGGUCCACCAUCGUCGUCGUCGUCGCUGUCGCUGUCGUUGUCGCUGCCGAUAGUGUUCCGUUUUGUUUUUCUUUAUUUUGCUGGAUUUUCCUCAGUUUAUUGUCCAGAAGAGACGGGAUUUUAUUGCAAAAAUUAAAUAAGCAAUCAAUUUUCUUUUUUAAAUUUGUUAUCAAUUUCAUUGGAAACGUUAAUCUUAACAAUUAAAAUAAAACAAACAAAAUGUAUGGUAAUAAUAUGAAUGGCUACGCGCCGCCAUACGGUUACAACGGGUACAGACAGAGUGGUGGCCGAAUAUGGGGAAUGUCGCAUUCACUGCCGUCUGGAAUGUCACGUUAUGCGUUUUCACCGCAGGACACAGACUUCACAUCCUCAUAUCCAACAUCUUCGUCAUUAAAUUCACGUCGAAUGUAUGGGGACUUCCAAACCAAUAGUGCAAUGGGCUCUGUUGGGAAUAUGGCAGCUAUGAGUGCAAAUUCAUUAAGUGGUGGACCAUCAUUGAAUAACAGCGGGACAAAUCUAAUAGUUAACUAUUUGCCACAAGAUAUGACAGAUCGUGAGUUGUAUGCGUUAUUUAGGUCAAUCGGUCCUAUAAACACUUGCAGAAUAAUGAGAGACUUUAAGGUAAGGACUGGAUACAGUUUUGGUUAUGGUUUUGUUGACUUUGCUUCUGAGGCCGACUCGCAACGAGCUAUAAAGACCUUGAAUGGAGUUCAAGUGCGGAAUAAACGACUAAAGGUUUCAUUAGCACGACCAGGUGGCGAACAAAUCAAAGACACAAAUUUAUAUGUCACGAAUCUUCCACGAACAAUUACCGAAGAUCAAUUAGAUGUCAUAUUCGGUAAAUAUGGGCAAAUUGUACAAAAGAAUAUCCUUCGAGAUAAACUAACCGGAAAGCCCCGAGGUGUAGCUUUUGUAAGAUUUAACAAACGCGAGGAAGCCCAAGAAGCAAUCUCAGCUCUUAACAAUGUCAUACCGGAAGGUGCAUCGCAACCAUUGUCCGUCCGCAUUGCAGAGGAACACGGCAAGGCGAAAGCACACAGCUUUAUGACGGCACCUCCAGUGCCAGCGAACAUGAAUAUGAACAUGAACAUGAAUGCCUACAAUUCAAUGGUGCACAGAGUCUUCAACCAUUCAGGACUCAUCGAUGGACUGUACAGGAAAAAAUCGUAUCAUUAUCCUUAUUUAUAAUUUACAUAAGCGUGUGUAAAUAUUAAGGUAAAAUGUAGAUUAAUUUAAAAAAAGAAAAAAAAAUCUAUAUUAGGUAAUUUCUAAAAGUUAUUAUAGUUUUGUAGGCAAAUUUACGAAAAAAAAGUUUAUUUUAUAGACAUAUGAUUUUAAUUUGUCCCUAUCGUGGAUUACUUUCAAAACAAGAAUCGAUUCUCAGAACUUUAGACUGUUUGAACGCCCUCAGAGCAGUGGAACAAAAAAUAAGUGCGUCCUGCUACUGCUUCAUUUAACAGAGAAAUCCUGAAAUCAUUUUCUUAAGAUUAAAAAAAUCAGAUCUUUGGCUUAAACUGAUUCAUUGAAUCGGCUUAAAAAUUCAAACGAAAUUAAAAAUACGAAUAUUUUUGAAAUAGUUCAUUCAUAAGAAGUUAACAACUAUUGCAAAUUUCUUACAAUGAUACUACAUGAGCUUGUAUUCCCAAACUAUUUUAACUAUCAUUGAAAAAACUAACCCACUGUUGUUGAAACAGUAACAAAUUCCUUAACUGAAAAAUAAUCCAUGUCGCAAUAUUCAAUGUACAUUUUGGGGCCAAAAAAUGUGGCCCUUAUUUAUUUACACUCACAUUGAAAUGUAAACUAAAUCUCUAUUGCUCUUAAUAUCAAUAAGAUUGGAAUUAAGCUAUUUCUUAUAAUAAUUAUUGUUUCAGACAAGAGUCACUGACACGAAAGUUUUAAAGACUCCUUUCUCUUGUUUAUUCCAAUCACUUAUGUGCAGAAAAAUGAGCCUAAUAUUGAAUCGGUAUAAGCCUUCCAUCUUCUUCUUGAGAAUAUUAUUGGAGUAGAAAAAGAAAGCAAAAGAUUGAAAUCGUAUUUACAGUCUGUCAAGAAAGAGCGUUAUUUUAUGAAACUUUUAUAUUUAUAUAUACACUAGCUGACCCGACAAACGUUGUCCUGUCAUAUAAAUAAUUUCUAGAGAAAAUUUUGCUUGAAAUAAAUAACUAACUUAUUGUAAGUGUGUGAGGAUGUGGCAAAUAAGUAGGAGAGACAAAAAUAAUAAGCGAAUUUGUUAAGCUGUUCAGUUCAAUCCUCCUUCUGUAAGGAUACAUUCCCAUUUGUUGUCGUCUUACAGGAAGCCAAAUGCAAAUCAUGCAUCUUUAUACGUUGGAUACUGUUGUCAACUCACUUUAAUGAUAAUGGGCCGGUGAUAUUAAUCAAUAACAGUCAAAGAUAGAAGCGCUCAGUCUUCCUUGGAUUGACUGUAAAUUCUCACCCCAAGGU